CGUGAAGCGGAAGUACGCGAGAUGGAAAAGAAGAUGGAACGGGAAAGGCUCGAGAAACAGAGGGCCGAACAGGCGGUUCAUAAACACUUUGAGGAGUCACUUAGGCUGGCACAACAAAAGAGGAACAUGCAGUCGGCCUCGAUGGCUGGAUGGAGCGCUUUCAUGCAGGUACCGCCGCCGAGGACGCACGGGGCGUUGACGGCUCAUCCCCCCGGCAGCCACCACGGUCAUCCCAGCGGUCCACCGGGUGGAUCCGCCACAGCCGCCGCCACCGCGCAUCCCGCCGUCGCGCAGCAACAGCAACGUGAGGAACGGGAGGCGCGGGAACGCGAGCGGGAGCGGGAGCGGGACUUCCGCGAGCGAGAGCAACGGGAACACCUGGCGGUAGCUGAAAGGCAUCAACGGCAGGCCGAAGCCAGGGAUCACGCCGCGCAGCAGAGAGCCGCCUACUACGCGGCGGCCACGGCACCGUCGGCUCAACAGGUUCGACCUUUGAACGUGUCCGGAAAAGUAGAGUACCCGCCACCACCGGCUCAUUCGCGGACGUCAAAGCCGAUGCAAGUCGGCAGUCUGCUCGAGAAAUCAUCGGUGGUUUCGCACAGCUCGUUACCGAAAGCCGAGCCGAACGUGAACCUGUUCAACUACUCGUCGACGUAUCAGCCACAGCCAUCUUGCACGUCAUAUCUGCAUGAUCUCAAGUUAAAGAACGAGAUAGGACCGCACAAGUCGCUAUCGAGUAAGAGCGGGUUGGCCGGAGGCCUCGAGAGGGACCAUCAUGGCAGAGAGGUGCUGCAAAACCCGCCAUCCUUGCUGCCGGAUUACAAGAGUUCGGUGAUCGUGAAAAACGAGGGCAGGGAGCUACCGAAGACACCGGCACCGCAACAACACUCGUCCAGCCCGAAGAUAAUGCCUUACAUGAACGUCCAGUCGGUGGCGCCGCAACACAAAUCGUCAGCGUACGAAUACAGAAGCCCAACGCAGAGUCCACAUCAUCUGCAUCCCGCGCAUCUGGACGGACUACAGGCGAAGAGCAUCGCGUCGUUGGCGGCGUGCGGUGGCGGCGCGUCGACGACGACGACGCAACUGCCGAGUCCUCACGGUCAUCCACCGCCACCGCCGCCGGCGCAGCCCGAGCCGCGCCUGCACUCGCACAAUCCCCGUCAAUCCCCGCACGCUCCGCCACAGCAUCCGCACCAGCCGCCGGCGCCGCCGCAUCCAUCGCCGCCUGAACCGCGCUAUCUCAGCAGGCCGGAAUCCGCGGGUCUACCGUACGGCGCAGCCAAGUCCACGUAUCCGUACCCGCAUCCGCAUCCGCCCACGGCCUCGUCGACGACGUCGUCGCAUUACGCCGCGCCGCCGCCGGCCGGCUCCAAGCCGAAAGUCAGCAGCCCGGCGCCGCCGCAUAUGUACGGCAAGCCUAACUGCGGUAUUACUAAUUGCGGCAUUAUAGCCGGCACGCCGGUCUGCCGUGCCUCCGAAACGCCUGUCGCCGCGCCGAUACCGCUGACCUCGAAGGCCGGCAGCUCGCCUUACCAGCAAGUGCCUCAUCAUCACGGGGCGCCGCCGCCACCGUUGCCACCACCCGCGCACAGCCGGUCCGUCUACGACAGUCGCUUCCCCGGCUCAUUGCCGGGCGCGAAACUGCCGCCACCGACGUUGCAUGGCUCGCCGCCCACGGCCGCCUCGGCGCCACUCUCAAGGCCGAUCGCUCAUUCCGCGCAUCUCAAUACCAGCCCGCACCAGCAACCCGGUCAAACGUUGCAGCACGCGCAGCCCCAGAUCACCACGGCCUUCCAGACGCAACCACUCGAUCUCGGUGUGGAGAGGUCGGGCUCACCGAAGAGGAAAGCACCGACGCCAUUGUUAUGCGACAAUACCAGCGGUCAGCCAGUGUCGUUAGAAGUUUGUAAGAAGCGAAGGACCGAGGAACCACAACCGUUAUCCUUACAAUCUGUUGGUCCGCCCGUUCUUUCGAGGGUGAGCGAGCCCAGCCCACUUAUCGCUUCAGCCGCUACGUCUAUCACUACAGUUGUCAACACCGCAGCAUUGCUGACGCAAUCCAACAGUCAGGCGACGCAGGAGCAGCGCACAGUGACAGCGGUGAGUCCGGCUCCGGGUAACGCCAGCGGCGACGGUUCCGCCGUACGACCCGCUAGCACCGGCAGCGUAUGCUCGCUAAAUCCAACACCAGUGAGCGCGGCACCAAGUCCGGCGCCCAUCCCCAGCCCGGCGCCGUCCACGGUACCCAGUCCAGCGCCCAGUGCACCCGGCACGCCCGCCAAGACAAACCCCAGCAACACGGACAGCGAGAAGUGUAACAGUCCAGCACCGAGACCUCCUAGCAGCACCAACUAUCCAGUACAUAAACUGAAAAAGGCAUGGUUGCAAAGACACUCGAGGUGCGAAGACGGUACCGAGAAUACUGUCAGUAUGGCCGGCAGCAUUACGUUACCUCUCAACAUCUCCCGUGAGACAACGUCCUCGAAUAGUAAGAACCGCGACAACGCGCCGACUACUUGUUUACCCAGCGCGGUUAAUUCGAUCCACAAUAUCGGUAGCAUGGCAGUAAACAGCAUCAAUAAGAGCAAAGUUACUGGUAGAAGCGGCCGGAAACCGGCGAACAAGGAGUCGUUAAACGGUCACGCCACUGAUACCAGCAAGACCCCGCAGGAGGACUCGUCUAGCAGCGACCCGGAGAGGAAGUCGCCGCCUAAACGAAAGCCACCCAAGGUAAAACGAAAGAAGGGCGCCGCACGGAGGCAACAAACGGCCGCGGAAGAUCAGCGGAGGCGGAAGGAGGAUAAGCAAGGCGGCGGUGCUGGCAGCGAGUCCAGCAAUGAGAGCGAGGCAGGCUCCAGUGACACCAGCGAACAGUUGAGCUCUAUUCAGCCUACGUCGAGGGUUCGACACACCACGGCCAAUUCCAACAAUUCCUCGGGAAACGGAAAUAACAAGGAACCUAGGAAACGUGGUAGGAGACCAAAGAGUACGAAAAACAAUGACAUGGGAAGCGAGGACCAACAACCCCGUCAGAAGAAGGAACGCAGAGACGACAGUACGAGCGGCGGUAACAACGGUCCGGGCGGAAGCGGUGGACAAUCCUUUCGUAAACCGACGAUAUCGCAACUGAAGAAAUCCGGCGAGAGCUGGCUGCAGGACGGCGCCUGUUUCGAGGUGGCUUCGAAAUUGGCCAAGUGCCGCGAGUGCCGAUGGACGCCGAACCAACGCUCUAAGAAUAUCUCUCAAAAUAUCUUCUGCAGAUUCUAUGCGUUUCGCAGACUACGUUAUACCAAAAACGGACAGUUGGCCAUAGCGGGAUUCAGUGACCCACAUAAAGACGCGUCAGAGGAUGAUCUUCGAUUAUGGUUACCAGGAGGAGAUAUCCAAAAGACAACAGGAAAGGAUGAUAAAUCCGAGAAAAACGAGAAGGACAAAGGAGAUCGACAGGUCCUAGACUUAGAAACGGCUCAUCGGCUGCUUUGGCAAGUUGGCGAUCAUUUCUGUGAUCUUUUACAUCAAGAGAAGACCGCCCUCCAAGAACAUAUGGCUGAAGCGAGUUCGGGGGUUAUAGACGGAACAGUAGCGUGGAAACGAGUGAUCCAGGGUGUUCGAGAAAUGUGCGACGUGUGCGAGACUACCUUGUUCAAUUAUCAUUGGGCCUGUGGCAAAUGUGGCUUUGUCGUGUGCAUCGAUUGUUAUAAGGGACGUAAAAAUGGAACGGUCAAAAUCUGGGGCGAGAGUGGAAAAGAUAGGGACGAUUUUUCGUGGCUUUUGUGCACAAAUAGACAAGUGCACGAACCGGAACGACUUAUGCUUACGCAAAUCAUCGCUGGCGACAGUCUUGUACGAUUGGGUCAGCGUCUACACGAAUGUCGAGCAGAAUGGGGAAUUCCGCAACAUUGUGCUUGCUCCCUCGUAACGUCGGCGCAACCAAACGAGAUCCUUCGAAAUCUGAUCAAAGGUGAAUCUGUGCCCGUUCUUAAUGGAAACGUGAAACAGGAGAUAAAAGAGGAGAAGAAAAUAAAUGAAUCUAACGGUGCAUCGGAAAACAAGACCAACGGCGAGGACAAAAACUCACCUCAUCCGUUGAACUGGUUGGCGGAUGUGGCACUGCAGAAUCAGGACAAAAACGAUAGCGGCACAGAAUCGGACUCGGAUGAUGAUCGCGAAGGUAAUUACUCGACAUUGCGGGAGUUGCUCAUAAGACCGUCACACAAGUCAAACGGCAGCGGCGGAUCCAGAUCGAAUUCACCUACGAACAAUUCGAGUAGUGUGAACAAUGCCCCGCAGAAUAAUGUCGUCAAGUCUGGCAAAAAGUCGAAAAUGGAUACGCUCGACGAAGUAAUAUCCAGUGUGAUUGAAGAUAGCGUGAAAACAGAAAAGGACAGUGGUUUAGAUGACGAAAAGCCACGAGAAUUGAAACACUUCGUACGACGUUAUAAGUGGACGCAGCGCGGUCGUGAGCCAUUACCAAUCAGAAUUAUGGUGGGUACGGAGAGCCAGAGUCUUUAUCCAGACGUGCCACACUCUUGGCUCUGCGACGGCAAGUUGCUGAGGUUAAGCGACCCGAAUAAUCUAAACAACUACAGAAUAUUCCAAGAUCAGUGGAAACGAGGACAGCCGGUAAUUGUGUCGGACGUCGCCAAGGCGCUGGACAUGAAUCUCUGGCAUCCUGACUCAUUCGCCCGCGAUUUCGGCGAUGAGAAGAACGAUCUCAUUAACUGUAUGACCGGCAAUCUAGUGCCGAACCAGCCAAUGCGCAAAUUCUGGGAAGGAUUCGAGUACUAUUCUAAGCGGCUUAAGGACGAUCGAGGAAAUCCUAUGCUGUUGAAACUGAAGGAUUGGCCGCCCGGUGAUGAUUUCGCCGAAUUACUACCAUCGAGAUUCGCGGAUUUGAUGAAGGUUCUUCCAUUGUCCGAAUACACUCAUAGAAACGGCAAGCUAAAUUUGGCGAGCCGUCUACCUAAUUGUUUUGUGAGACCGGAUCUGGGUCCAAAAAUGUAUAACGCUUACGGUUCCGCUCUUCAUACCAACAAAGGCACGACUAAUCUUCAUCUUGAUAUCUCGGACGCCGUGAACGUUAUGGUAUACGUAGGAAUGCCAAAGGAUGUUAAUAGCGAGGAAAGUCUCAAAGCUAGGACAGAGGCGAUGAAAGCGAUAGAUGAAGCAGGCUGUGAUAUUCUGACGCGUCGACGUGCUCGCGAUGAGAAGGAGAAACCUGGUGCUCUGUGGCACAUUUAUGCAGCGCGUGACGCAGACAAAAUUCGAGAUCUUCUGAAUGCCGUUGCCUUAGAACGCGGAGCUCGUUUGGAACCUCAUCACGAUCCUAUACAUGAUCAAAGUUGCUAUUUAGAUGGACCAUUGCGGGAGCGAUUGUAUCGAGAAUAUGGUGUUGAAGGGUACGCUAUCCUCCAGUGUCUAGGCGAUGCAGUAUUCGUGCCAGCUGGCGCGCCACAUCAGGUCCGUAAUCUCCAAAAUUGUAUAAAGGUGGCCGAGGACUUUGUGUCGCCAGAGAACGUUGCGCAUUGCUUCCACCUGACUCAGGAAUUUCGUGCACUAUCCGACACCCAUACGAAUCAUGAGGAUAAGCUUCAAAUCAAGAACAUUAUUUACCAUGCCGUGAAAGACUCUCUGACCGUUUUAACCAAUGUUAAGGAGGAUACUGUCGCUAAACUCGCCAAGGCUAACAAUGAAACGAAAACAAAGGAGGAGACUUAGCCCUAGGUCUUCCCUGUAUGGUCAUAAAACCAAUUGAUAAUCCCUUUGACUAGAUCUCGUCGUUUGUACGAGAUUGAUCGCAGUUAGCGCUUCCGGACACAGCGAAGUUGGCGCAACCGGAAGAAUCUGCAGAAGAAGACCGCCCUUGCUGCAAAAAGAUCGUUGCGGAGGUGCGAGAAUUUGUUGUGAUAUUUGUGAAGAUUUAAUGAUUUUAAUCGAAGGAUUUGAUUUGCGAUAUUGGCUGAGCCAACGAACUUUAGUUAUAUAUUGUUUCAUUCGAAUUUCCUUAUAUAUAUAUAUAUACACAAUUCUUUUCUGCUCUCCCAUUUUCCGCGACGGAAGGUGCCCACGGACAUGAAGUCUGAUGAGCUCUAUUACGAGUGAAAACAAAAUCGUAGUUCGGAUCGCGCAUAGGUAAAACGCCGCGUCCAUUACUAUUGUGAUAUAAGAAGGACUUUGGAUCGUAUACAUUUAUUUGUAAUUAAUUAUAUCGUGCCUGUAUCCAAUACAUACACUCAUUCACAUACACACACAUACACUUGUCUAUAUUAUAUAAAUGUAGAUAAUUGAAAUAUUAUGUAAUAAUUUUUGCUAGCAACUACCAGAGAGAAAGAGGGAGAGAAAAGGGGAUUUGUCUAGAAGUACCUUUGUGCAAUUAGGUGUGACUAUAAAUUAUUAUAGUUGGAUCAGCGAUAAAUGCAGAUCCAUUUAAUCGUCUGCUCUGAGAUCUGGUGCUUUUCGAUAUUUGAUCAAAACCCCGGCUAGAGAUAGCCGAUACGUAUUCGCGUUCAUGUCUUCUAUGUUUCACGCAACAAGGGUGUAAAAAAUAAAACACUGCCUAAUUAAUUGGUUCGACGACAAUGGAAGAAACAGACCUUUCUCGCAUUCCUUUUUUUUUUUGUUUGAGUAAACAUUCGUAGACCAACGCUCGUAGAACAACGUAGAGAUGCAUUGUGUUUCUAUGGCGACGUAUGUAUCGGUUAUAUGAGCAACGGGGUGAUCUACAAGUUUUUUGUAUGUCACUUCGAGUAUAAGGCAUCAGAACUAAAAAAAAAAAAAGUAAGAGAAAUAUACAACUUGUCCAAGUCUAUUAACUUUUCGAGAUGUAACGACGAAUGUGAAACACUGUGUUGAAUUGAACGUUUCAUUGUUGUCGUAACCCAGUGACUACCCGGCGUGUAACGGACGGGAAAGUACUAAUAAGAUGAAUAUGUUAUUUUUGUCAAAGUGUAUACAAACCGUCUAUAUCGGACGAUAAAACGAAAAGACAGCGAUAAUAUAAUUGUAACGCGAGAUGCUGAGACGCUAAAUAAAGAUAAAAUUAUUUGCAGUAACAUUUAAAGGGAAAAAAAAAACGGAAAAAAAGGAUGAUUUUUGAAGUGCCAAUGUUGAAUCACGUGGGACGUUAAGUAUGCGCGCGUUGUAUUGUAUUCGUGUAUGCGUAGAUAAAAAAAAGAGAGAAAAAACUAAGGAAAGAGAAUUAAUUAGUCACGCAGAAUUCACAGAGAUGACAGGGCCGAGUUCCUAUCAUUUCGUGACAGUUCGUGCGAACGACAAUAUUCCGCGCUAAUCGGACUGUCACUGACGAUUCGAAAACUGCUGUCGCUUCCGUUUCUUUUUCUCCUUUUCGCUGAAAUUCGUUCUGAUGGACGUUGUAUAAGCGUAAAUAUGUAUAUGAAAACGACGAAACUUUUCGAGAUCAAUGUUCAUACCUGUAACUUGCGACAUUGCAAGACACAGCAGCUCUCGAAUCGAACAUAAUGUCGUUACGCGCCAUUUUUGCGCCGAUUGUCAGAUAAUCAUCGACGAAUAAUCUUGAUACAAUGUAAAGAACAGAAAGAGUAAAUGGAAGAGAAGGAAAAGAAUAAAUAAAUAAAUAAAAACCAAGAUCACUGGCAUUCUGGAAUCCGCAAUUUCUUUGAUCUCAACAUUCGUCUAGCAUACAACGACUUGAUUAAUAUUUAAUGAGUAAAUUUUUAAAAUAUCUUAGUGUUGAUAGGUAUCGAUUGUGGGAAUUAUAUAAGCUGCAAACAAGCAAAAAGUACUAACUCCACAAUGGCGGUGUUGUAUAAAGUUUUAGGAAGCCGUAUUCUGUGUAUUAUUGCUGCAAAACGAGAUGCUAUUGUUUGUCCUCUUGCUACGUGUAUAUGUACAUACAUUUAUAUACAUCCGUAUAUGUAUACAGAUAUAAAUACGAAAGCGGAAAGAGUGUCUAGGACUCAUAACGAUAGGAAGAUACGCAAACCUUUACGAAACACGAGAAGGUACACCUUACACGCAUAGGUAGAUAGUUUAUUAUACCAUUAUUAUAAUUAUUAUAUAUUAUCAUUAUUACGUUUAAUUAUUACGAAAAAUACGAUAUUUAAAUGUUGCUGAAUAUGAAAACGACAAACAUGAACGCGCGAGUGUAAAUGAUUAAAAGAGGGAAAAAAAAAGAGAGAAAGAAUAUCGGAACAGUAACGCAGAGUAGACAAACGAGAAAGUGAGCGAGAAAGGUAGAGUGUGGAUGAA